AUGUUGCUGUGUUUGAGAAGCCAGGCUACGAGAGGUGUUCGAUUCUCGCAAAGCCUGCAGCGAGGCCAGCGAGGAAAAGUUGACCUUUCCCGCUUUCCACCAUGGAGGCGCUGGCCGAAAGCUGGCAUCCAGCGCAUCAAGAAUUGGAAGUUGCCCGAGGUGGAGCCAGCCUUCGACUUGUUCGCGUGUGACGACCCAAAGCUGGUUGCAGACGCGCUGAGCGAGGUGGUGCCAUGGAAGCGGAAGAGAUUCCAUCAUGAGUGGCUCCACAGAGCCUGCACGCACCUCCGUACCUUGCUUCCUGAAAUGGAGCCGCCGGAUGUGCUUCGGGUCAUACUGGCCUUUGGGGAGCUCUACACAAAGCGCCGGCGCCAUAGCCUUCUUUUCCAGGACUAUGAGACCUACACGCAGCUUUUCCAGGCGUUGCCCAUCGAUGCGGCCACGGAAAAAAGUCUGUUGCCGCUGAUGAGGUGCUACCGCCGCAUGGGCGUCCUCCACGAGCCAUUUGUCAGCGCGAUGUGCAACCGCGUGGUCGAGGGUGAGGUGGAGCUCACUCCUUCUCAGCUGUCCGAGUUGGUGCAGAUUCACGGAGACUUGAAGAUCAAAUCUCCCAGGCUCUUCACCUUCGCCUCCGAGAUGCUCGAUCUUCGAUUUGCCUACUUUUCCGAGGAUCAGGUCGGAGAUAUCGCCAGAACCUUCUGCCAGCUGCGGCAUCAUUGCCCAGUCUUCCUCGCGACUUUGCGUCGGGAACUGCCCAUGCGUCUGCACGAGUACGCCUGGUGGAACCUUAUUGACAUCGGUGAGAUGUACUUGUAUCUGCAGGUUGAUGACCGUGACAUCAUUGAACGCAUCGCCAAUGAGGUUUACAAACUCAUUUUCAGCAUGAAGUACAGCUAUCCAGCUAGAGCGCUGAAGAUCUUGGCGUUCCUGGAUGUGGGAGACAAGAGGACGCUUCGACUUUUAAUCCGAAGUGUUCCUCGGACGAUCUCCUUCUUGACCCCACAGGGGGCAGCAGAGACGCUCAUUGCAUUUGCCACUCUCGACGUCAAGCCGAAAGACAUCUUCCACCGUGUGAGGGCCUGGAAGAUCUAUUUGGUCUUGAUGAAGAAGCUGCUGCCCAACAUCGGCUCCUUGUCACCAAAGAUGACCUGCGACGUGCUGGCUGCUGUGGCCAAGGCCGGCCAGAAAGAAGCAGAGUUCGUUCAGCACGUGGAGGCGGCUGUGAACGAGCGCCCGUACAAGUACCACGCUGAGCACUUGAUCUCGAUGCUGCGCGAUCUCAGCCUUCUAAAGGCUUCAUCUGCGCCGUUGCGAACGCAUUUGAUGCAACGACACUUCGAGUUGGCCGACUGUACGCCCAGCGCGUUGUGUGCCUUGCCGACAGCCCUGGCCGGACAUCCAGCGGAGGGUGACCAAGAGGAGAUGGAGCACAAGAUGCUGACCACCAUGUCUCAGCUGCUCACAAAGCCCGGAGCGUACAAGCUGCCUAAAGACGGCCGCAUGUUUCGCGCGAAGGACGACUUUUGGUGGGAGCAGCUGAGGCAGCGACACUUUCGGCUCCGGCGUCGGGCAAAAGAAGCGGGGGUCACUGUGGCGCCUGCUCCCAAAAGCGCAGCUGGAGACGAGGAUGCGGAUGAAGCCGCACCCGCCGUGAUCCACGUGACUCGCCAGGAGUGCUUGCAGCUGGUACAAGGCUGCGCCAAGAUGGGCUGGCGCGACGAGUCGUUGCUCCAGGGAACGGCAGCCUGGCUCUGCGAGGGCCGGCGCCAUGCCGAACUUUCUCCUUCCGAGGUUGCCUCCUUGCUGGGAGCCUUCUCAGAGCUUGGCUACUCCUCGCCGCUGCUACGUGCGGCCCUGGAGCAUGCUUUGCUUCGGGUGGCUUCGGCUAUACCACCUGCAAGCUGCACGGAAGCCGUGCAGGGUGCAGUGGAUGCAGGUGCCGGUGGACUCAAUUGUCAGUUUACGGGUUCGUUUCCCAUCUACCCUGCCCGAUCUCUUUCACGGAGUGGGAACAUAUGCUACGUGCAGCCACGUAUCCUGAAAGUGAACAGCUACCCAACUUGCAAGACAGCAUCUGCUUGCACCACCGGUUUCUCGCUGCACUGCGAGCUGUUUCAUUAUUCGAAGAUUGUGAAGGUUGGUGGCAAAUGGGAGCCUUCGACGAAGCACUGGACUGUUGCCAAUGCCGAAGCCCGGGCACAGCGCCCAGAAUUGCGACUCCGAGCGUGCAGUCGGCGGAGUGCUGCGGAGAAGUGCCCGACAUCCACUUCUCAGGGGUUGCCAGGGCAGCAGGUCCCAUCGUGCUGCGGCCGGAAAGCCAAUUGCCCCCAGGGCUUUGCGCUUUCGGAGCCCUUGACGGUCUGUGGGCGUCGGGACUGCGACUUGAGCGAACUUCAGAGCUACACUUGGACAGAAGUCACCAAUCCCUCAAGCAGGGUCAGCGGCGUCUUCCUGACGUGCGACAGCGUAGUGCCUGCCAUCCUGCGCUAUGGCGGCAGCCUCUCUGUGGAGGGCUCUGUGAACAUCUCAGCCGUCAGCUCUGGCAUUCAAGUUGUUUCAUACGCCUUAGGCGGCUUGGAUGCUGAAUGCGGCUCGCGUAACCUUUCGCAAGUGCCGAAUGCUUGCGGAGUGCAUGUGCAUGAAGGCACCUCCUGCUCCAGCGCAGGAGGACACUUCUGGAAUUCGUCCUCGUUGACUGCCGAUCCUUGGGCUGUUGGUCCCGUUUACAACGCCUCUGUGGAUGGCUCGGCCGCUGGCACAGAGUCAAUUACAACUGGCUUCUCUUUGGGCAGCCUCCGUGACAAGGUUAUGGUUGUUCAUGAUUCCUCGGGUGGGCGCGUGGCCUGCGCGACGUUCCAAACGCACCACGACGGGGGCUGCUACUCUGAAGAGGAGUGGCGGCGUCAAGCGUGGCUGAACUUCUCGGGGGUCUUCGAGCGAUGUGGGCCGAGCGCUGUUUGCACCUCCGGGCAUGAGAGAUGCCAGGAUGCCUGUUCAGCGGAUGUACAGUGUGAACAGUUUCCGCUGAGACUUUGCAGCAGCGACACUGCUCAGUGCGUUCACAAGCCGCUUUUCGGCCAUCCUAUCGGAGCUGAUCUUGGCGCAGCGUUCCUUUUCUUCCUCAUUAGUGGCCUUGCCCUAAGCGCCGGGAUUGGCGGGGGCGGCCUGUAUGUGCCGCUGCUCAUGAUCAUCCUCGGCUUUCAGGUGCAUGAAGCCACGGCGAUCUCGCAGCCUUGCUUGGCAGGAGGUGCUGCAAGCGCUUUGAUCUACAAUCUCCGCCAGCGGCAUCCAUCCGGGCUCAAGCCCAUGAUCGACUACGACCUCGUGUUGAUCAUGGGCCCGAACUUGCUGGUGGGAGCCAUGGUUGGGAGCUUUCUGAACUUCGCGCUGCCAUCCUGGUUGAUUCUUGGGAUGCUGGUGGCCAUCCUCUCCCAUUCUGUUUUCAAGACGUUCAAGAAGGCCCUUGAGACGCUGCGGAAGGAGCGUGCGGGAGAAGUCCGUGGGUUGAAGCCGAACAGUGAUGCCCGACUUUCUAAGAAUCCCAUCGAGCGAUGCUUGAAGUUCGUGGGCCUGAGCAAGCGCUAUGCAGAGUUCGAGGAUCCCGCAGCUUCGUUGCCCCCGGCCGUCGUCGGCCAUCGCACCGAAGUCGACGCAGGGCAGAUCAAGCUCGAUCUUCAGGACUCCAUAGAGAAGGAUCCCGAAGGUCAGAUCAUCGCCGCAAAGAUGACCCGGGAGCCCUCUUUGGACACGGCACAGACCCAGCAGAGUGGCCAGAGCCAGGUCCUUGAGCCCCAGUACCCGCGCAGCAAGCUCAUAGGCUUCCUCUUGAUGUGGGUGGUAUUGGUUUGUUCCAUCCUUUUCCGUGGUGGCCAUGCCGCCGCUGGAAUUGUGGAUGUGUGCUCGAGCAUGUAUUGGGUGAUCGCUGCAGCCACUGCAGCCCAGCUCGUCAUCCUCAGCAUGUCCUCUUCCGCCAAUGCCAUUCGCAUGGAGGCAGAGCGAGUUCAUGCGGGCCGUCCGCCGCAAGUGGAGGAUGCGAUCCCAUGGACGUUGCGAACCGCAGUGUACGUCUCUGUGUGGUCGCUCUUCGCGGGCAUGCUUGCAGCCCUGUGUGGUAUCGGCGGUGGCAUGAUCAUGGGUCCUAAGCUCCUGGACUUGGGAUGUCUGCCACAGGUCCAAAGUGCAACUACAGCAACAACGCUUUUCGUCAUGUCGACGUCGACUACUAUCGCCUUCCUGGUGCAAGGCACAGCGCCCAUGGAUUACUCGCUGUUUCUGGGGCUUGCCACCGCCAUGGGAGCUGUGGUGGGAAAGGCCGUGAUUGGCUGGGUUGUGAAGCGCACCCGCAGACCCUCGGUAAUCAUGUUCAUCCUGGGUGGCAUCAUUGCUACAUCAGUGGUCGUGAUGUCCGUGACAGGCUUCAUCGAUGUUGUGGACGACAUCAUACAGGGACGCGACCUGGGCUUCCGGGAUCCCUGCGUCGUAGCCUGA